AUGUUGCCACAACAAGAGCAUAAGCGUCAUCAUGAUGAUCAAAAAGUUAUGGACAAUCCUCUUAAAAUAAGGACUGAUAAUAAGAAUUAUAACAUCGAUGGAAAUAAUGCAAAAUCAAUAUCGGAGGAAGGAGCCUCGAAAUUCUUACAGAACGAAAAUAGAUACCAGAACCCUUUUAUAACACAAUUGGUGGGACCACCAUCUUUAUAUGAUAAGCAAUCAUCCCAACAGAAAAGAAAAUUUUCUAAAGAAAAGCACAGUGAUGAUUCACCAACAGAGUUGUCUUUCCGCUCAUUGUCUGAUUCGGAGGAUCAUGAUGAUGAUGAUAGUGAUGGCUCCCACAGACCUCCUCCGGCAUUUGCACCCUCUAAAAAGUAUAGAAAAAUCAUCAGCUCUUCUCGCAGUCAAACUAACAAUUCAGAAGCGAAUAUUAAUACAAGCAAUCCAAUGAUGUUUGCCAGUGGAUAUGACAGUGAAGACAACGAAGAGAUGGAAGAAGAAUAUGAAUCGAUGGCCCCAUACAGAACAACCACUCUGGCAACUCUUAUCAAAGAAUACCAUCUUGAGGAUUGGAUUAAAAAGCAUAGUAUUUGUGAAAAGGCACCCAAGGACACUCUCGUUAUUCACCUAUUUAUGACCAAUAGACAAGUCAUUUCAACUCUUCAAAAAUUAAGAUUACGACAUGGAUUGGAAAUUGAGUUUGGAUCUAAUUUAUUUUACAAUGUUUGGGAGUUUUCACAACGAAGACUAUUUUCUCAAUUAAUGUUAGGACUUUCCCCCAAAUUAUAUAUGGAAAAUGUUAAUCAUUUGAAAUCAUAUUCUGAAGCACAACCAGGCUCAAGACUUCUUAAAGAGGUAGUCGAGAAUCACUUUACAAACAAAUCGAGCGGUACCAACACCUCAGAUUUAGAGAGGCUUAAAAUUGUUGAAGAUUUAGCUACCAAUGAAGAGUUGAAACGAGUAGCCCAAUUAGUCAUUCAAUCCAAACAGAAAAGAAAACUCAAACUUCUUACUUGUUGUAUGAUCGAGUGGAGCGAAGAAAUGGACAUAAUGAGCACUGGAGAAAUGUCUGGUAUUUCGAUUGGUAGCCUCAAAAGCAUUAAUUUCGAAAAUGGUCAUAACUUGGAUCCACAUUCUGACAAUCUACAAAUGCUAUCAGCUACGAUGAUCAACACAGAUACGAACAGCGAUACUGAAUCUGGACGUCAUUUGAGAUUUUCAGAUGAAGAUCCUUCAGACCCUGAAGUCAAACAAUUAGCAGAUCUUCGAAGCAAUGAAAGAAGAUACAAAAAUGCUCUCUACAAAAUUAAUAGAUGGAAGACCGAGGGAGCUUAUUUAAGAAGAAUACAUAUUGGGCCAUGGGAAGAUGCAGAAGGGUAUACACGAAAAGCUUCUUUCUCUCCAAACAUGUUCUAUGAUGGACAAUGCAGAAUCAAGUGUGCUCCUUUAUUGAAAAAGCUGUAUUAUCGAUUCUUUAGCUAUGUUCCUAAGUUCUUGAACAUUGAACAAGUAUUAGAGCUGUUAUUGAUAGAAAAUAGUGAAAAUUGCUCCUCAUUACCACCCCAAUACUCCAAGCUAGAAAAAUACAUAUUUAGCGAGUUAGAUAGAUUUAAAGUCAGCUAUUGCUUAAAAAUGGAAAUUUGUUUUGAAGAUAUUUGCGGUAUUCACAUUCAAAAAGUACCAAGCGGAAGUCGAAAUUGGGCCCUACUGGUAUUGAAAUUGUGUAAAAAACCCAACUUUUAUAUACGAAGAAUUAUGUGUACAGACACGGAACAAAAUCAAAUAAGACAACGAACCAUAGAUUUUACUCAAGAUCAUGUCGCAUCCAAAUACGACACUCACUAUAUUAUUGGAGAUGAACGAGAGUUAAAACGAAUGUUGGCAGUCAUGAUUGAGUCCGAUAAGGACACAGGUAAUAUUGAGCGACUCUAUCGUCAAGGUUUGUCAGAUAUUUCCUUCCCAACAAAGCCAGCAUGGGAAGCUCCUGAAACAACACCAAUCAACUCAAGUAGUACUACCGCUUCAACUAGCAAUGAUAUUGCGUAUCCUUUGAAAUUGUCUCUUGAGCCAGGAUUUACACUCAAAGAGGAUGAGGAAGAGGAGCGACAAAACUCAUUACACUAUAGAAUUGAAGAUGGAAUUUUGCCAUUCAAUAUAACUGUUGCAAAUUUAGACCAAGAAACAAGAAGAAAAUAUGAAAGAGUCCAAUUGGACUUGUCUGAUAUCGAACAUACAAAUGCAACCUAUUCGGCCGAAGUGUCUGACGAAUGUUUUAUUCAGUAG